AGGAGGAAGGAAUAGGAGGAGGAUUAGGAGGGGGCAGUGACAGAGGAGAGAGAAGUGCCGCCAAGCAAGCAUGAGGUUUUCACUUUCCAUUCUCCGCUCAGCAGCAGUCAGAUGAGAGUCCUUGCGCACAAGAGUGCCUUCUUCCCCUCCCGCCUGUGGCUCUUGGACUCCGCUGAACCCUGCCACAGUCGUCAGCGCUGCCUCGCAGGGCAGCCGACGCCAUCCACUGUGCCACUGAUUCGCUAAAGUCAGGCCCCUCCCCUCCCCGCUUGCUUCCCUCCUGCGCAGAUAAAGCCUGAUGCUGAGAACGAACAGAUCCAAUCAGCUGUCGUGAGCGGGAAGAAGAUCGUCGCUCUCGUUGUCCUCUCCACCACACCCUUUUCCUCCUCCCUCUGCUUCUUCCCAUCAUGGGCCGACGCGAUCAAUAAUGUUUUGCCACCCUCUCGUCUGACAGUCGAGCCGAGCAGCGAGCCGAUAUCUGACCGCUAAAGGCGUCUUAUUUGUGGCAAGCGGGCCCUGAGGAUGGGCUACAGGUGGUAGCAACUCAAGAGGCCCCCCUUGGCUCAGAUCUUAACAAAGACCUUUCGAUCCCACCCUUUUCCCAUGCGUCCAUGUCAUUGACUCAUUCCUCCUCAUUCGCAACACACAAGUGUGCUUAUAAUUGCAUUCGUCGGAUAUACGUCGUUCAUCAUCAGCCCCCCUCGGCUGCUUCUGCAACUGCUGUCACUCCUGCUCCAAAAUGGCGGUGAACGUGAUGCCCAUCCGGGACACAAAGUGGCUGACUUUGGAGGUGUGUCGGGAGUUUCAGAGGGGGAUGUGCUCGAGGCCGGACAACGAGUGCAAGUUUGCCCACCCCGCCAAGAGCUGCCAAGUGGAAAACGGCCGAGUCAUCGCCUGUUUUGACUCGCUCAAGGGCCGCUGUUCCCGGGAGAACUGCAAGUACCUUCACCCCCCACCCCACCUGAAGACCCAACUGGAGAUCAACGGGAGGAACAACCUCAUCCAGCAGAAGAAUAUGGCAAUGCUUGCCCAGCAGAUGCAGAUCGCAAACGCCAUGAUGCCUGCCACCCAGCUGCAGCCCGUGCCCAUGUUUUCAGUCACGCCUGGCCUGGCGACCAACGCCAAUGGCCCGGCGGCAGCGUUCAACCCCUACCUUGGCCCCGUGUCGCCUGGCCUGAUGCCCGCCGAGAUCCUGCCCAGCGCUCCCGUACUGCUCACCAGCAACGCCAGCGUCCCCGUCCCGGUCGCCACCGCAGCACAGAAACUAAUGAGGACAGAUAGACUGGAGGUCUGCCGAGAGUACCAGAGGGGUAACUGCAUGCGUGGCGAGAACGACUGCCGCUUCGCGCACCCGUCUGACAGCACCAUGAUCGACACCAACGACAACACGGUGACGGUGUGUAUGGACUACAUCAAGGGCCGCUGCUGCCGGGAGAAGUGCAAGUACUUCCACCCGCCUGCCCACCUACAGGCCAAAAUCAAAGCGGCCCAGCAUCAAGUCAACCAGGCGGCAGCCGCUGCAGCCAUGGGACUCCCUCCCGUCCUGUCCCCUUUACCAAAGAGACCCGCACUUGAAAAAGCCAACGGUGCCACCACCAUGUUCAACGCCGGUGUUUUCCAGUACCAACAGGCCCUGGCCAACAUGCAGUUCCAGCAGCAGGCUGCCUUCAUCCCGUCGGUACCCAUGAUGCACGGUGCUACUCCGGCCACUGUGUCUGCAGCCACCACAUCUGCCACAAGUGUUCCCUUUGCAACCGCCACAGCCAAUCAGAUUCCGGUGAUAUCUGCGGAGCAUCUGACUAGUCACAAAUACAUGACCCAGAUGUAGGAGCCUCACUCACAACAGUGGAUAAGGAGCCAAGACCAGCGAUUCAUCAGGCAACCGAUUUCGAACCUGCUGAAACCACACGUCAACAACAACAGAGUUUGUGGAGUUUGCUCCAGUCAUUUCACCCACACCACAUACAGUACAUCUAAAGAGCGCCUUCUUCCUCCUCUCUGCAAAGUGAGGGCGCCUUUACCUUUAUUCACCGGGCACACUUUGAAUGUGAAGCGAAUAAGACGAUGGGCCGCGUCCAUUGAGGCAAAGGAGGAAUGGCGGCAUCUUUUUUUUGUUCAUUGGUUGUCUCUUAUGUAUUUACUCAAAGGUGCACCUUACAUUUCAGUUGAAAGAGACGACGAAGAAUUAGACUGUGUCAUGAAGGUUUUUGUGUUAUUUUAAAUCAUCCCAACAAAAAAAGGGCCAUACAUGUGUGCUAAUAUGCCAAUGGUACUGCGGUCACGCAAAGCAAUGGCUUUCCCUUUAAGGCGUCACUACUCAUCUUUGGUCCCGUCACGACCCAACACUGCUGAUACGAAAUCCUCAACUCUUCUGCGAUGAGGUCAACCAAGAUGUGGAAUUAGUGUUCAGUCGCCAUGACAAUGCAAGCGGGUGUUUGAUUUGAUUUGAUUUGAUUUGGGUUUUUUUCGGGGGGGGUUCCGAUUUUUUUAGUGUCGAUGUGAUGUUGUGGUCAGACAUCUUAGGGUGUUUGUUUGUCCGAAUUUUCAGAUUUUUAGCAAAACUUUUUUUUUUUUUUUUUUUUUUUAAAUGUGGUGUUUUUGUGGUUCGAUUUAAGCGGGGUACACACAAACUGACAACUGGGAUGAAUUUAAGCCUUUUCGCACACUUGCAAUGAAAGUCAGAAAAGGCACAAUUUGCACCAGUUAACAAUUUUUUCCUUUUUUUUUUUCUAAAUCAGAGAUACAAGUAAACCAGAUACUCUUUUUGUCUUGCACAUCAGGUUUUCAGAAUAUGAUACUACUACUACUACUAAUAAUAAUAAUGAUAACAAUAAUAUGUACAACAGUAAUAUAUUUAGUACCAUUUAUAAAUUACAUUUUACAAGGGUAAGCAACAGGUGGAUUUUUUCUGAAACAUCAUGGCUUUAAAUUUCAACACAUGGUGAAAUCUUAAUGGCGAAAGCAUUCAUAGGACACAUUUCAAAACAAAAAAAAUUAAAAUAUCUCAAAAGCCUGAUGUGCUGCAAAAAAAGUAAAGACAGGUUUUAAAUCAGCGUCAAAAAUACAUUAAGGGACAUAUAAAGCUAUGUCUGAUUAAAAUUUGCUGUGUUUGCAGUGUUAUAGGAUGUCUCUGAAAGCUUAACCCGCCUGAUUGGUGUGGAGUGCGUUAAGAGUAAUUUUUUUUUUUUUUAAUUUCCUCCUCGGAAACAGUCGGGACGGGCCAUUGUAAAUGUUAAACCUCUGCAAUAUUUAUAAUAGCAAAUCCUUCUGUGUGUGGUCAACAUCGCAUUCGGCCCAUCUGUGAUUGUGACGUGAAACAGAACAUUAACCAGUCGGGAAUGGCCCUGAAAUUCAAACUGCUGCCAGACACAAAAAGAGGAGUAACUGAUUGUGUCAAGGGUUUGCAAUAAUAUGCACCCCCCCCCCUUCCAAAAAAAAAAAAAAAAGACUAAGAAAAGUUUUAAUCCUCUACGAGAUAAACUAAGGGCCUUUUCGGAAAGUCACCUCUCCGAACCUUUGUUGGAUGAUGUCAUUAAGUCAAGGAGGGAUGAAAAGGUGCCUCGCAUUUUUUUUUUUGUGUGUGUUUACAGCUCUCACGCCAUCCAUAAUUCGAGCAGCUAUGGAUAGUAAUGCUAAAUUUGUUUUUGAGGCGUGUUUUUUUUUAACCUUCUUUUGCUACUGUUCUUUCAGAUGAUAUUUUGAUGCACCUUUUUUCAUCUAUGCUACUCUGCGUUUUUUUUACAUUUUUUUAUCACAACUUUUUUCAUUUUUAUGGACUUCGCAAGAGUCUUUGCAUCGUCUGUUAACUUGGUUACUGGUCUGUUGCUUUAAAUUUGACUGCCAGAAAGGAUUGUAAAAACCCUCUUGUAAAGGUUGGUCGGGAGGCUUGAAGGUUGCAUCGAGGCACCUUUCUGAAGCAUUUUUAGAAUUCAUUCUCCCAAGUACUUCCGGGUCACCGCGCUCGGAUAAAAAGAGUUGGUCCCACUUUGUUUAUUUUUUCGUCGACUACUAGUUUUUUCUUCUUUGUGUUUACCGGCAGUCUGGAUGCACUGCGGCUCGAUGCUGCCUGUCGGCGGAAAUGUUAAGUGUGUAGGUGGUGCUGUGUUACUCACCUCGAGUACACCAUCACAUGGAAGAGAAGUAAGAUCAUGCUGAUUUCUUUUUAUGGUCUUGUGUGGGGCCUUUUUUCAAAAGUCACUUAACGCUUUCAAGGACAGUGGUUACUACAGUGGACAGCUUAUCAUUUUAUCAGGUUACAGGGUUCCAUGAAAGGGUUAAAAAGCAAUGUGUGUACCCCGCUUUUAGGAUUCAUUGUAGUUCGUCAAUUCCUCAGUAUAUCAUGGAUGGGUAGCGCGUUGAAAGUAACACAAAAAAAACCCUAAAUGAAACGCAAAGGUUACGAUUGUAUCCCUCAUGUAAAGCCUUAGAAUGUACCGUCGGGUCAGCACAUUGCAACAUGCCAUUGGGAAGCCAUGCAAUGCCGCACUCGUUUGAAUUCUUUUUCGUUCUAUUUAUCUCGAUUAUACCGCGUCGUGGAGUGUCUCUUUGCGCGUUCCCUCAUCUUUAACUGAAACUCGGUGUAUGUGCGUUUUGAUUUGAAUAGGACUUGACGCUAAUGUUAGUUAUUUUUUACGUUAUGCGUACCGACCAGAUGCAUAUUGGUGUUCACUCCUCUUCUCUCUUGGUGUUCUCGAAAGCAAAAUGAUGUUAUUUAUAUGCUCUAUCCAUUUCAAAUAAUAUCUAUUGUUUGGGUAUUUUUACUCUUCUUGGAAAUUGGGCCAUGUUGGAAAAACAAACCGUAUAUUUUUAUUUUAAUUUUCUCGGUGAGGUCCCGUGACAGAACGUCUCUGCUCACUCAGCCAAUUGCAGACAAAAUGGAGGAGGGUGGUGGGGGGUAAGCUCCCAAGGUGAUUUUUGCACUUCUGUACAUAGUCAAAAAAAAAAAAAAAGAGAGAGAAAUCAUGUAUAUUGAGAUCUUAUUUUGAAUAAAAACAAAUGUCUAUAAUGACAGAGCGUUUUGUUAGGAUAACCACAAUUAAAAAAAAAAAAAAAGGCCUGAACAAAAAAAAUAAAAUCGCUUGCAUCCAAAGGACGCGGAGUUGUCAUUCGCUAACCCCGUCCCCUUUUCUGGAACGGCCAAUGUCGCUCUUAAUUUUUUUUUUCUUUCUUUUCUUUUUCUUUUUGUCGUCAGCCGCUUGUAGUUUGCCCGGUGACCUUCCGGAGGAGGCGUGGGGGGGUUCACUACCCUCAUUGCACCGUCAGGCCUGUGAGGCCACAACCACAUAUUGUCUCUUUAACUUAGGGACAAAUGCAUGUUAACCAUAUAAACAUGUUUUAAAACACACACACACACACACACACACACACACACACACAUACACACACACGCAUUUCUAAGACAAAAGAGAACAUCUUACAGAUAAAGGUGUAUUUACAAUAUUCAUACACUAUCCAUAUGUAAUGGGAUAUUUAUUUAAAAAAAAGAAAUAUAUAGAAUAGUGCUUUAUUUGAAAAAAACAAUAUUAAUUCUGAAACUACAGUUUAGUCACCACUUGGAGAGACAUGCAGCACAACGCUCUUAAUAUGUUCUGUUCAUGUAAACUGUGCUACUUUAGAAGAUGAAACCGAUCGACCGCGGCAAUAUUUUUGAAGGUUUUGGUCACCAGACCAGAUCAUCUCUCACCUGCGACUUGCCCGCAUGCUUUGAUAGAGGAAAAACUUUUUUGUUUUGUUUUGUUUUUUGUUGUUGGUUUGUUUCGGUUUUUUGUUUCUCUGCUCGUAGUAUUAUGAUGUAUUCUGCCCUCUGCUACUGUUUGUUUCUGCUUGUUUAACUGCGGCAUGUCCCCCCCCCCCCAUCCCUGUGUGUCAGUCAAGAGAUGAAAUGCUAGUCUAAAGCCAUAAAAUGUUGAAUAUGAAUGGGGCUGAGAUGAAACUCACCCGUUGUUUGUUUCCCCAGGGGGCCUGCACUGCUCUAUUUGGUUCUUGCUGUUAUGGAUUUCAAAAAAAAAA